AUGGCCGCCCCUCCCCUCGCCAUCUCAGGUGAGAAGCCGUACAAGUGCUCGUGGGAAGGCUGUGAGUGGAGGUUUGCCCGCAGUGACGAGCUGACCAGGCACUACCGCAAGCACACCGGAGCCAAGCCCUUCAAAUGUAACCACUGUGACAGGUGUUUCUCGAGGUCGGACCAUUUGGCGCUACACAUGAAGAGGCACAUCUGA